UAUGUAAAAAAUACUUUUGUGAAAAUUAUAUAAAUCAUAAACGUUUACUUUUAAUAUCCAUUUUUGGCAACAUGGGCGAGAUUCCUAGCGCUGAUGAAAUUCUAGAAUGUUUUAUAAAUGAUACAACUGGUGAUUUUCUUAAUAUAUGUUUGACGGCAAACAAUACACUUAUUUUUCGUGAUAACAGAGAAGACAACGCAAAUGUUGAAGAAUUAGAAAUCAGAGAUUGGUAUACACAAUUCCAAGAAUUCUAUGAAAAUCGUGACAGAUCAUACGAUAAUGUAAAUGAUGAGCACUUUAAUGUAAUUAGGGGCUUUAAUUGCUUUAUAUUCGCUCAAAUUAUAAUAAAAUCUCUCACAGCACAAAUUAAUUAGAAGAUUAAUGGAUAAAAGAUGUAUUUAAAUGCAACGAAAAGACUUA